ACCCUUCGACGCCUCUCUCCCGAGAAACAGAUAGUCAAUCCCCAAAGCUCCAACCAUCACAGAAUCUUUGAUUUUUCAAUCAAAUUAUUCCAAGAACUCGAAUUUUUUAGUACAAUUAUUUGCACUUCGUGGUCACUACUACCUAAUCAUACCAUCGUUUUAUGGAUGGCGACGAAUGGAUCAAUCAUCCACUUGUCGAUUCAUUGACUUUUUCCUGGGCUUCCUGGAUCGGGAAAAAGAAUGGAAAUUUAGGGGUUUCUAGGGUUACCCACUUAGAACUGACCUCUGAAAUCGAGCCCCAACCAUGGCGAGAUUCGUGGGUCGACCUGAGAUAUGGUUGGCAAUAAUUGCAGCAGCGGCGAUGGUGGGUUGCUUGGCGGAUGAAACGGCUCAGAGAGCGCCGUAUCGGAUCCACACGCUGUUCUCGGUCGAAUGUCAGAACUAUUUCGAUUGGCAGACGGUGGGUCUGAUGCACAGUUUCAAGAAGGCCCGACAACCCGGCCCCAUUACCCGGUUGCUGAGCUGUACGGACGAGGAGAAGAAGAACUACAGAGGCAUGAAUCUCGCUCCCACCUUCGAAGUUCCCUCCAUGAGCAGGCAUCCUAAGACCGGCGACUGGUACCCUGCUAUAAACAAACCAGCUGGAGUUCUUCACUGGCUUCAGCACAGUGAAGAGGCCAAGAACGUUGACUGGGUCCUCAUUCUUGAUGCUGACAUGAUCAUCCGUGGUCCAAUCAUCCCAUGGGAACUUGGUGCCGAGAAAGGGAGACCUUUUGCAGCUUAUUAUGGCUACUUGGUGGGUUGUGAUAAUAUUCUUGCACGGUUGCACACCAAACAUUCGGAACUCUGUGACAAGGUCGGUGGGCUUUUAGCAAUGCACAUCGAUGAUCUACGGGUCUUGGCACCGCUGUGGCUAUCAAAGACAGAAGAAGUUCGAGAGGAUAGAGCUCACUGGGCCACCAACAUAACUGGAGAUGUUUAUGGGAAAGGUUGGAUCAGUGAGAUGUAUGGUUACUCAUUCGGUGCUGCAGAAGCUGGACUUCAGCACAAGAUUAACGACGACUUGAUGAUAUACCCAGGUUAUAUUCCACGAGAUGGGGUCGAGCCUCUUCUCCUGCACUACGGAUUGCCCUUUUCAGUUGGGAACUGGUCUUUCACCAAACUGGAUCACCAUGAAGAUGAUAUCGUUUAUGACUGCAACCGGCUGUUCCCGGAGCCUCUGUAUCCACGAGAGGUGAAGGUGAUGGAACAUGAUCAACGCAAAAGAAGAGGUCUAUUUUUGAGUCUGGAAUGCAUAAACACAUUGAACGAGGGUCUCUUACUGCAUCAUGGGGCGAGCGGGUGCCCAAAGCCAAAGUGGUCAAAAUACUUGAGCUUUCUAAAAAGCAACACUUUUGCAGAGUCAACAAAACCAAAACUCCUUGCACCAGGGAGUGUACAUAUAAUGGCAGACGAACAUGAACCACCUGUUGAUGAAUUUAAGGAACCCUACCCAAAGAUCCACACUGUGUUUUCUACAGAGUGUACUCCUUAUUUUGACUGGCAAACCGUUGGCUUCAUGCACAGUUUUCGGUUGAGCGGUCAGCCUGGAAAUAUCACUCGGCUUCUGAGUUGCACAGAUGAAGAUCUUAAAAAUUACAAAGGUCACGACUUGGCCCCGACACAUUAUGUCCCUUCGAUGAGCCGACAUCCUCUUACUGGCGAUUGGUACCCAGCAAUUAACAAACCAGCGGCGGUUGUUCAUUGGCUUCAUCACACUAACGUUGAUGCAGAGUACAUAGUGAUUCUUGAUGCUGACAUGAUCCUAAGAGGCCCAAUCACUCCAUGGGAGUUCAAGGCAGCUCGUGGCCGACCAGUCUCAACUCCUUACGACUAUCUUAUCGGGUGUGACAAUGAACUCGCAAGACUUCACACUCGUAACCCUGAAGCAUGUGACAAGGUUGGCGGAGUGAUCGUAAUGCACAUAGAAGAUCUCCGGAAAUUCGGCAUGUACUGGUUGCUUAAAACUCAGGAGGUUCGUGCUGACAAAGAGCACUACGGAAAGGACAUUACCGGUGAUAUAUACGAGUCUGGUUGGAUAAGCGAGAUGUACGGUUACUCAUUCGGUGCUGCUGAGCUAAAUUUGCGCCAUAUCAUAAACAAAGACAUCUUAAUAUACCCGGGUUACGUUCCCGAGCCUGGUGUCGACUAUCGAGUGUUCCACUAUGGUCUAGAGUUCAAAGUGGGAAACUGGAGCUUCGACAAGGCGAAAUGGAGGAACACGGAUGUGGUCAACGAAUGCUGGGGCAAGUUUCCCGAUCCGCCUGAUCCUUCAACAGUCAACCAACCGAACGAGGAUCUACGGAAGCGGGACCUACUCAGCAUAGAAUGCGGGCAGAAGCUGAAUGAAGCUUUGCUUCUGCAUCACAAGAGAAGGAAUUGCCCAGAACCAGGGAAAGAAGUUUCGGGUUCCAGGAAAGUGGAGAACUUUCAGGUGGAUGGGAAUAGAGACUCGGAGGAGGAGGGGCUUUUCGGCACAUUGAAGUUGUGGGUGAUAGCGUUGUGGGUGAUAUCCGGAGCGGGUUUCUUGGUGGUGAUGGUGUUGGUGUUCUCCGCUCGUAAGGGAAGAGGAGCCCGUGGCAAAGGCUACCGAACGAAGAGGCGCUCCUCCUACUCGGGUUUCUUAGACACGAACGAGCGAGAUAGGUAUGUCCGUACCACGGAGGCGUUGUGAAUGUUCAUUUAUCUUUUUAAUUCAACGAUUGGUUCUGUCGAGGAGGCUUUUGGCUUUUGAGUUCUGUAGAGAGAGAGUCUGAUCAUUGUAACAAAAUAGAUUCAAAUAGGAAAGGUGAGAAGUUCUUGGAUCCUUCUCCCCCCUGUUCAAUGUGCAUUUUGUACUCUUUCUAAUGAACUCUGGGUUUUUUCUCUC